AUGGGAACACCAGAGACUUCAAGAGAACCAUGCCCUGAUCGAAUUCUCGACGACAUAGGCGGUGCUUUCGGCAUGGGUGCCGUUGGUGGCUCCGCCUUCCACUUCCUCAAAGGACUCUACAAUUCUCCCAAAGGCUCCCGCUUCGUCGGUGCUUCCCAAGCCGUUCGUCUCAACGCUCCCCGUGUCGGCGGCAGUUUCGCCGUUUGGGGUGGUCUCUUCUCCUCUUUCGACUGCACCAUGGUCUACCUCCGCCAAAAAGAAGACCCUUGGAACUCUAUCUUCGCCGGCGCUGCUACCGGUGGUUUUCUCUCCAUGCGGCAAGGUUUAGUCGCUUCUGGACGAUCCGCUGCGUUUGGAGGUGUUCUGUUGGCGCUUAUUGAGGGAGCGGGGAUUAUGCUUAACAAGGUUCUUAGCGCGCAGCAGCCGGGGCCUGUGGAGGAGCCAAUCGCUGGGCAGACUAACGGCGGUUUUCCGGGUAAACAGGUUCCGCCGGCGGUGGAUUCGGAAGCUAAACCGUGGUUUGUUGGUGGGUUGUUCGGGGAAGAUAAGAAGAAGGAUGAAUCUGUUUCUGGUGGAGGAAGUGAGACCAAGAUUUUGGAGAGUUUUGAUGCUCCUCCUGUGCCAAAUUUUGAUUACAAGUGA